AUGGACCAUUCAUCGAACGACGACGGCAAGGACGCCUUUUCCGUUGUGGCACAGCCUAACGAACAACAGCCAAAGCGCUCUCUUCGCAAACGAAUUGCUGCAGUAGUUUGGGACAGUCUGGACAAGACUCCAGAGGAGCGCAAGUUUAUCGCCAAGAUAGAUUGGUGGAUCUUGAGCUACUGCUGUAUUGCCUACUUUGUCAAGUGUACGCUCUUCGCUGUUGCUGUUGACUUUGCGCCACCGAAAUAUGGUUUAACUUGCGAUCUUAGCAAUGCAUAUGUCUCUGGAAUGAAGGAAGAUCUGCAUCUCUCAGGCAACGACCUCAAUUACCUAACAACCUUCUUCAAUAUUGGGUACAUCAUCGGACAGUUGCCAUCCCAGCUGAUACUUACCCGUAUCCGACCUUCCAUAUGGCUUCCAACGCUUGAGCUCAUCUGGAGCUUCGUCGUCAUGGGCAUGGCCGGGGCAAAGAACGUGCAGACGAUGUGUGCAUUGCGGUUCCUCGUCGGGCUUCUCGAAGCGUCUGCUUAUCCCGGCAUCAUGACCUUGCUAGGAAUCAUUGGCAUUCCAAUCUGCCUCUAUGGAUACUGGGCCAUUCCGGAUCAACCGACUUCCUCCCGUGCCCGUUGGCUCAAGCCUGAAGACCGUAGAAUGGCUAUCGGCCGCAUGGAAUCCUGUGGCCGAGAACCCAUCCGAAAGCUCACCUGGCGAACCAUCAAGGACAUCGCCAAUGGCUGGCCCGUCUGGCUCUUCAGCGCUAUUUUCAUCGCCCACGUCCUUGGCAUCCGCAUCUAUUCAUACUUCAACGUCUGGCUCAAGUCAACUGGACUUUACACCCCUGAAGAAGUCAACUUGAUCCCCACAGCAGGCUACGGUACACAAGUCUUCUUUACACUGACCUACGCUUGGGCAAGUGACGCCAUCGGCUUGCGAUGGCCUCUUGUGAUUGUCGCGUGCGUCAUCGCCAUGAUUGGGACCGUGAUCUUGAGCGUCUACCCGGAGGAUAACAUCCCUGCCAUGAUGGCAGCGUGGAUCCUCACUUUCUUGGAGACUGGUGCCGGGGCUUUGAUCAUCACCUGGAUCAACGAGGUCUGCUCACACUCUGCAGAGCAUAGAGCUGUCAUCAUAGGUGUUGUGGAGACGGCCGCCUUCACAUUCCAGGCUUGGGUGCCUCUGCUGGUGUACAACUCUGGAGAUGCGCCCAAGUUCCCCAUUGGCUACGAGAUGGCUACUAUGUUCUUUGGCUUGGAGAUUUUUUUGACUUUGGUGAUUUUGUGGUGUUCCAAGAAAUGGCCGGUUAGGAAAAUUGACUGA